GUCGUCGUCAUCAUUAUUAUUAUUAUUAUUAUCGCCGCGCGGGCAUCGAUGAGGGACUAAUCAAGAUCGACGGCGAGCGAGUAUUCUCGGGAUUUUUCGACGGUGCGCCCUCUUCGGCGAGUCCGUGGGACGCUCUCCGUGCAGGAAGCGGAAAUGCACGCCGCCCGUCGUGUAGGAAAGCGGAAUCAGACGUUAUCAGCGUUUUCGAAUUAUCAUCGAGCCCACGUGAGAAGUCCGGGAAUUUUUCCAAUAUGGCUGCGAGUCUUCAGUAUUAUCUUAUCAGUGGUGUUAUCCGCUCCCGGAGGCUGGAAUGAAAUUUUCCUAACCUGUUUUUGUAAGAAAUGGAAAACAACAGGAUGGAACGUCGAAUUCGACCCGUCUUACGUACGAAUUAAUAUUUCAAUUGAUAUUUCAUGUAACAACGGCGAGUUGACAAUACGUGAAGCAUUGACGUUACAGCAAAAAAGCAAAGCGGACGAUACGAUUUAUCUUCUGCAAUGUUUUAUGUAUAAAGAACCGAGGAUUUGCUAACUUAACCUGCGUGUACGAGGAGAAAAGGUGCUAAGAGGACGAAGGAGUGAUACAACUCGGAACAAGUAUCUAAAUAAGUAUCUAAACAGGUAUCAAAGUAAAGAAGAAUCUCUUCAAUUUCCGCACGAAGGAUGCAUUGACGUUAGCACCGGCUGGCCGGUCACGUCAAGUAUCAAGUCGACGUUGAAAUUGGCGAUUGGAAGGAAGCUCGGCAGCACCUGAUAGUCAUUUGCAACGACAAGAAGUCGACGUGAACGGUGUGCAGUGCCGGGUAAUUCGGCGAACACCCGCAAGGAUGAUCCCGGGACUCCUGUUACGUCGUGCAAGCAGCACUUGCUUGCGUACGGUAGGCAGCGAAUCGAAUCUGUUAAAUCGCGGAUGCAAUUCUAACAACGCGUGUAACAUCGCGCCGAUGUCCGCACUACCUCCCGACAGUCCGAUGAACGUCUUCGACAGGAACGCGAAGUUGCUGCAUCGCGAGCGCGCCGCCAGGGACACCGAAGUCAAGCUCUACGAUUACAUCAAGGACGAGGUGGGCGACCGACUGUCCGACAGGAUAUUCGACAUCAAGCGCAAGUUCAGCAGAGCCUUGGACCUGGGUUGUGGUCGUGGCCACGUGUCCAAGCGGAUCCUCAGCGAAUCUGUGGAAGAGUUGGUGUUGACCGACAUGAGUCCGAGUUUCUUGCACCAGGCUGAGAGCACGGAGGGUAUAAGGGUCACGAAGGAGGUUGUCGACGAGGAGAAUCCCUCCUUCGAGGCCAACAGCUUCGACAUAGUGAUCAGUUGCCUGAGUCUUCAUUGGGUCAACAAUCUUCCGGGAUGCUUCAGACACAUCAACAAUUGCCUGAAGAACGACGGUGUGUUCUUGGCAGCUGUAUUCGGCGGCGAUACACUCUACGAGCUGAGAAGUUCCUUGCAAUUAGCUGAACUGGAGAGGCACGGAGGUGUCUCGCCGCAUAUCUCGCCGUUCGUGGAGAUCAGGGACAUCGGGUCUCUGCUGACGAGAGCGAAUUUCACCAUGUUGACCAUUGACACCGACGAGAUAGUUGUCGGUUAUCCGAGUAUGUUCGAGCUCAUGUGGGAUUUAAGAGGAAUGGCCGAGAAUAACGCGGCCAAGAAUCGUAAUUUGCAUCUACCGAGGGACACACUGAUCGCAGCCGCUUCUAUAUAUCAAGGGCUCUACGGGAAAACCAAAGAAGAUAACACCCCGUUCGUUCCCGCCACGUAUCAGAUAAUAUACAUGCUGGGCUGGAAGCCGGACCCGUCUCAACCGAAGCCCAUCGAGAGAGGUACAGGAGAGGUGUCGCUCAAGGACCUGUACAAGCUCGACAAGAUAAUCAAGAACACUGAGAAAAUCAAACUCGGCGACGACGAUAAGUAGCCUUUAUUCGCGCGCUGAACA